CAUUUUGUAUCAGAUCGGCGGGAUUCCAAGGCGUCUGAUUACCAGAACGCUCUAAUAGAGGACAGAUAGAGCGCAUUUAUCCAAAGGACUCGAAGGUUUCCAAUACGCGUUUUCCUCCACAGAUAAAAGGCACUUCGCAUUCUUCUGAAAAAGAUUUCCAGGAAUGGAAUCUAUCCCAAAUCAGCUGCCGGCUGGAAGAGACCCCAGCUGUUCGCCGAACUCUAAACAAGACUUGCAGUCUUACUCUGGCCCAACACUCAAGCCGAACCAAGUCAGCAAAACCUCUUUAUACGGAAUACCGAUCGUUUCACUAGUCAUAGACGGUCAAGAGAGACUUUGCCUAGCUCAAAUAUCCAACACUCUCCUGAAGAGCUACAGCUAUAACGAAAUCCACAACCGGCGCGUGGCCCUGGGCAUCACUUGUGUGCAGUGCACUCCGGUCCAGCUGGAGAUUCUCAGGCGCGCGGGGGCUAUGCCUAUUUCCUCGAGACGCUGCGGGAUGAUUACAAAGCGAGAGGCCGAGAGGCUCUGCAAGUCGUUCCUGGGUGCCCAGAACCCGCCGAAAUUACCAGAAAAUUUCGCCUUUGACGCAUCGCACGAAUGCGCGUGGGGCAGCCGGGGCAGUUUCAUCCCAGCCAGAUACAACAGCUCGAGAGCGAAGUGCAUUAAGUGUUCGUUCUGCAACAUGUACUUCUCCCCAAACAAGUUCAUCUUUCACUCUCAUCGCACGCCGGAGUCCAAAUACACGCAGCCCGACGCAGCAAACUUCAAUUCAUGGAGAAGACACUUAAAACUGACUGAUAAAAACUCACCGGACGAUGUGGCCCAUGCCUGGGAAGACGUCAAAGCCAUGUUUAACGGUGGCAACCGCAAGAGGACGCUGCCAGUCGGUGGGUCUAAUAGUUCGUCCUCGCUUAGUACGCAAGCACCGAGAGGUCAGACCCAGGGGGAACCGUCUGAGAUGCCCCACAAAACUCUCCGAUGUGAGGAUGACAGGGGGAACGUGACGAUGCCGAGCAGCAUACGCAGUUACCCCGUUAUUCCGGUGCCCAGUAAGAGUUUUGGGAUGUUACAGAAAAUUCCACCACCGCUCUUUCCACAUCCAUACGGUUUCCCGGCGUUUGGUUUGUGUCAAAAGAAGGAUGACGGUGUGGUGAUGGGAGAGCCAAACAAAACAAACCUGUCAGGUGUUUUCUGGCCGAGCGCUAAAGACAGUGCCUAUCCCUCCUUUCCUAUGUUUUGGCCUACAACAGGCACCUUGGCCAUGCCAACAUACCACCAUGCCCAACCUAAACCUCCAUCUGACGUGUUGUGCACCAGACAUGGUGAGCUAGACGUGUCAGAGCAAAGUGACCGAAGCACGAGCACCCCUAAAGACAGCCUACUUGAUAAUGAACGCUGUUCCAGCACUCAGUCUACCCGAAACGAGGAGGAUAAAUCUGGGGAUGAGAGCAGGUCGAUAGAAGGAAUGCCAGCCACCCCAAGAAAAAUAAGCUACAUAUCUGCAUUCAGGCCGGUUGUUAAAGAUGUUGAGAGCAUCGCAAAACUAUACGGAAACAGGGGUCCCUAUUCUGGUCCUCGAUCUGGCUAUAUGUCACCAGAUUUCUUGAGUGAAAGCUCUAGUUAUAGAUCGGUGUCUCCGGACGUGGACAGCGUGGACGAUCCGGAUGUGGAUGUUGAGUCACAUAAAGUGCACGAGGACGAGGAGUGUUUGCAGCCGUCUGUGGAUGACCGGCGGAGUCCUCACGGUUUGACCGUAGCGCAGAGUGAUGGGGUUAAAGGUCAAGACCAAGAUAAUAGCCAAAUGCACACCCUGAGUGACCUACACACGACGAAUUCAAGUGAAACGCGGUCGUCUGAUUUGGAGAGCCACGGCAAUAAACACACGACGCGCUUUGAAGUCUAUGCGCGUGAAAGGGACGAGCAUGUGCAUCAGAUGAGCACAUCUAAUUUUGGUUCAACGACCACUUACCAACGCGAAUCGAGUGUAAAAGACGUGCAUGAAGAAGAACCUUCGUCUACGGUGGAAGAGACUGAACCCAAAAAUCAUCAGGAUCAAACCAACAUCAACGAGGAGCGCCUAAAGGAACCAAAUGAUGAUGAGGAAUCAGUGCGCGAGGACACUGGCAGCAGGGUCUCCUUAAUUGAGAAAAACAUAGAGAACAUGGCCAAAGCGGAACUGCAGAAACAACUUGUGGAACAAGUUGAGCUUAGAAAAAAGUUGGAGCGUGAAUUCCAGAAUCUAAAAGACGGUUUUCAAGACCAAAUGAAAAGGGAGCUCUCAUACAGAGAGGAAAUGGUGCAGCAACUCCAGAUUGUUCGAGAAGCUCACGACGCACUACACCAUUUCUCGUGUAAGAUGCUGACUCCACGUCACUGUGCUGGGACCUGCACCUUCAAACCUCCUCUUCUACCGCCUUGAUGGACACCUAUUGAAGACAUAAGUGUUCAUUAGAAAUACUGCUGUGUCAAAUAAAACGUUACU